CAUCAGAUAGUUUCAGUCUCGGAAACAAAAUGGCUCAGUGCAGACGUUGGAACCUGCUUCCAUGGACAAUUUUAGGGACCACCAUUCUGAUAACGCUACCAGGUCUCGCUUCAGAAGUACAGGGACCUCUUGUUCUGGUACCUCCUAAUGAAGCCUUGGAAAUAUCCUCAGGAGGAGGUGCAGUUGAGACUGUUACUCCUGGAAAUUCUGUAGAAGACAGUUCAAUGACUUCAGAUUAUGGAUAUUUUCCUGAUGACUCAGAACCUGUGGAGAGAGGUUCACUGGGACCUGGGGCAAUAUCCGCCAUUGUAAUUGCUGCAGUCCUUGGAGUAUCUGUAUUGUUCAGCCUGGUCAUAAUCACCGUGAGAAAGCUUUCGGCAUCUUAG